GUCUUACUUACUUAUCCUACUUUACUUAAUUAAAACCUUACCUAUCAUGUCCGACAGAGAAGCCUUGGCUAUAUUUUCCAGACAAAGAGUGUCAUCAGAAAUGGUCAACUUUUUGGUGGCCACCACCAACUCCAUCAUCCAAAUUAAACCAGCAAAGCCAGUAUCCACAAAACAUCACAACCAACUCAUAAUAACACCACACAACAACACCAUAUCGUUGACCGACUUCAUUCACAACUUAAUCAACUAUUCUAACGUGCAAGUACCCACCUUGAUGGCUACGCUCGUUUACUUGAACAAACUCAGAAACUUACUCCCUGCCAACGCCAUCGGAAUGGAAACCACCAGACACAGAAUUUUCCUCUCGACAUUAAUCCUCGCUGCUAAAUCCUUAAACGACAGUUCACCCUUGAACAAACAUUGGACCAAGUACACCGAUGGAUUACUUUCACAACAAGAAGUCAAUAUGGCUGAACGCGAAUUGUUGAGCUUGUUGAAAUGGAACAUCAACAUCAAACACCAAGAACUCAUCAUUGCACUCCAACCUUUCCUCGAACCUAUAAAACAAUCCUUGCUUCGCGAACGCCAACGCGAAUCGGAACAACGCGCAAAUUACUACAAGUUACUACAAGCCCAAUCCAAAUCCAACUGGUCCAUCCGCACAUCCAAAUCAAGUGUCAGUUCAAACUAUUCUUUGGACAGCUCAUACUCGGUAUCAUCUAAUUUAUCACUUGCUAGAGGCAUGCCACAUUCCGCAUCAUCCUCUUCGAUAAUACUGGAGAAUGAAGAAUACGACCUUGUACCUAAGCGGGUUCCACUCCUGAACAAGUCAGUUAAUGUGCUCCACCAACAACAACAUCCUCCUGUUAAGAUGAAACGAUCUACCCAUUCCUUUAAUUUAUUAUCAUCUCGAAUUUUCUAGAUACACACACUCACGCAUACCCCCUAUUCAUUUCACAGGCAGGACCAUAUACCCCUCCAAAUAGAUUGCAAAUCAUUGUACCAUUACACUUUUAAUUUGUUUGUAGUAGUUUAUUUAAGAAAUAGAUAAAUUUUUUAGAGUUUU